AUUUACUACGUGCAGAAUUUCCGGAUGUGUAUUGUAAAAUGGCUGCGCUGUGGGCUGAAGUGAAUGUGAAGUGAUGCGAAUUGGAGACUUUUUGCCUCAAACUCUUUACGAAUGACAGUGAAUAUUGAUAAUCCAAGAACAUAGAAACACCUUAGUUUAAUGAAGUCUUCUCCCCGUUGGAGCGGGUCAGCAUGCAGGGAAAUGUGAUACUAUGGGUUCGCAUACUCUAGAAGUUAUCCGUCAAGGAUUGUGGGGUUCAGUGACUGGCGGAUGGUAUUUUGAUCCUCAUCAAGGAAUUUUCUGCAACACACUCCACCUGUAUCUGUGGAUAAUUUUAUUGUGUUUGCCCCUCACUUUUUAUUUGGCAUUCCCACCUACAAUAGCAGUAUGGGUUAUAUACAGCGUGGUCAUCACCGUCACCUUCAGUGUGAUCAAGAUAAUAAGCUAUCGCAUGCAUCUCAUGUUUGAUGUCGGUGAACAUGAUGGAGCUGCUAACACAGAGGAGAAUGGAGAUGAGAAAGCAGCCGGAGACAAGGGAGAUAGCGAGGAGUUGGAGUCCAGCUCUCAGAGUCGAGACUUGGAGAAAGGAACAAGCAGCACCCUCAGUGCCCAUGGACACAGCUCAUCAAGGAUUGGUGAGGAUAGUGAUGCUAUUGAGAUGGUAGAACUCAACUCCAAUCGUCCGAACUAUCACUCAGGAACAUCCAGCAGGACCAGAAGCAGGACUGCAUCGUCCAAUAAAAGCACAAAAGUGAAUGUGGAUGGUGCUUCUGCCAAUGGUAAUAUUGAGGUAGAAGUUCACUCCCAGAGGAAAGAUCUGUCGGCAUGGGAGGAGACCCUCUUACAAGCUCUUAAUGCCAUUGAAAGAGGUCAUAGAGAUGAUAGUCAUACCAGUGAUGAUGGGCUUGAUAGCAAUGACCAGUCUCUUUCAGAUGACUCAAAACCACAAGGUGCAGGAGGAGGCAGUGAUACCCCUAGUAUUACUAUAGAUGACGGAGUAAGGUCACGCUGUGUAACCACAUCAUUCCUCGAAUCCUGUGAAGAAGCAGAUGCUCCGUGGAAAGAUAUGGACUCAUCUAAUGACAUCAGGGACAGGGCCAGACUAAAAUCAUCCAAAGGAAAGUCUUCAGCCAAAUCAGGCAAACACAGAACUAAAAGCUCUGGUAUAUCAAAGAGCGUGAGCAGCCAGGGUGUGUCCACAAGCACUCCUGCAGAUGACGAAGAUAGCAAGGACUUGUCCAAGUUGAAAGAUCGUAACAAGAGGACUUCCUGUAGGUCUUUGGAGAGUGAUCCUUGGGUGAUGAGGGCCGAUGAGCUCGCUUGGGAAGAUGAACUAGCCAUCAUGGACCAGAUAUUUGCCCCUAUGAAAGUAGUGAAAGGAGAGGAAUCGGGGGAUGAAUCAGCCAAAAAAAGUGGUGAUGAUGAAGAAGAGGAGGAGGAAGAAAGUGUCGAGAAGCCACCUGCUACAAAAAAGAGUGACCUAGAGAAGGUUGUUGAUGUGAAGAAAACCAAAGUGAAAAGGAUCAGGAGAUCACAGUCUGAGUCAGACUCAGGACUGGAUCAAAGUAAAAUUAUUGAUUUCAGGACUAGUGGAGCAGGGAGUGUGAAUCCCAGACGAAGUUCAGGUGGGACUAGGGUAGGACCUAGAAUUAUAUCAGUUGGACCUCCCUCCGGGAGUUCCUCUGUUGACUCAGCUAAAGCAGAUGAAGUAGCGUGUGGGUCUGGGGCUAAGCCAAAGAAACACGGUGAGAAAUCCGAUCGUAAACGGAACCUUAGCACAGUUCCUAUCUCUCCCCUGGAGGGGAAAGAUGAACGGUCUUCAAGGAAAAGCCGGCACGCCAGCGCCCCAAGCUCAUCCGCAGGGAAUUUUAAGCGAGAGAGUAGCAAAGAACAAAAGCGAAAGACAAAAGAGAAGAACAAGCCACAUGAGGGUUAUAUAUCUACAGCAGAUCGAUUGAAUAAUAAUAAUGAAGUGCAUGUGAAAGGAACGCACACUAAAGAACCAAAGAAACCUCUAUCUGCAUCUUUUUCAGAAGGAAGCUCAUGUGAACCAUUGGCGUGUUUUGGUAUAGAUGACAGUGAAAUAAGUGGACAAAGUGGUUCAAGCAACACCUUGACACCGGAACAUAGACUGCGUAGUCACUCCUUGUCCUCCAGCCUUAGCUCGGGAUCAGAUGAUAGCACUGUCAUCUCAGAACGAUCUGCUUUUCUGGGUUCUUCUGCCACACCUAGUACACGGAGCACAUCAAGUUCAACAGGUCUUCAGUGGCUGUUUGGUCUGGAAGGAGAAUCACCGAUGCAACUCAGUAGCCAGGGUAGUAGCCCCACUUCAUUCAGAUGCCAGCCAGGUCCAAGUGAAGAAGCAGCAAGUACAUGCUCGUUUGAUGCCAGGGGCAGUGAUCGCUCACAAGACAGGACUAGAGAGGGAGCCAUCCCAAAGCGGAGGGCAAUUGUGGAGCGCAGUACAAGUGAAGAGUCUGCUCGUUAUGACGAACCCUAUGUAGCGCCGGAUGGAACUGUUGUUAGCAACCAUCUUCUGAGUAAAAUGAUGAGGAGGAUGCUAAGAGAAGAAUCUAUUAGGUCACAAUUAGAAGGAGCAGUGAAUCCAAACUUCAGAAGGAGAAGGCGGUGGCAAGCCAGAUACGUUAGUUCAACGAGUGAAUCCCGACAGAGGGUGAGAAAUAGCAGAAGUACCUUUCAUGGUUCAACCGCUGCUGAAGACGAGACUAGACAGAGGCAUGCUUCAGGAGAGAAGUCAAGACGACAUAAUUCAGAUUCAACAGAAAUGGUAGGAAGCCGAGCAAUGAUACCAAACUCAUCUCCUCACAAUGCCGCACUGACUAUGCUGUCUAGAGCAGAGGGAAGGUACCUAGCUACCAAUCAUAACGAUACAUCCCCUGGUUCAGUUCAUUGCUUUCAAGAUGAACACGGUAACUGGAUGACCUACACAUUUAGUGAUAACAGCUCUGGCAUUGCUCAGAGAGUUGAAGCUGAUCAGAAUCAAUCGCCUGAAGCAUCACCUUCACCACCUAAAGAAUCUACAAGCAACGAAUGGGAAGAGACAUCGAGCUGUCAUUCUGACUCUACCGUCAUAUCAGUACCAAAGCCCAGGCCACCUCCUCGGGCCUUACGUGCCAUCAGCAGCACGUCCGCAGGCGGAACCAGCGUUGGAGGAGGAGCAGGGGUAGCCAGCAGCGGGAUAGACCUGGACCUUCCCACCAAUAUCCUGGACCGUUUAACGGAUCCGCACCAGUGGGAGGCCACCCUGACGGGUCUCUUUGAUGCCUACCCUAACAUGGACUCUAGUAGUACUUAUGAGGAAAUGCACAGCAUGGAGAGUAGGUCGGCGGUGGCAGCCAGGGCCACGGGACGGUGGAUACGCAAUAGGGACAACAAGGUCAAGGUCCUCCAUAACUAUCGCUUCUGGGUCCUGCCGUGGAGAUCAAUACGAGUCAGCUUUGAUAGGCUGGCAUUCCUGGCCCUCUUUGACAGGAAUCGCACAGUGGUGGAGAGUGUUUUUGCAGUUUUGCUAGCAGUACUAGUAUCCCUCUUUGGCUUUGCUGUCAUGACCCAAGGUUUCCUUUAUGAUUUUUGGCUGUUUUGGUUCUGUCUCAUUGUAGCAAGUUGUCAGUACUCUCUUAUAAAGAGUGUUCAACCAGAUGCUGCCUCCCCAAUGCAUGGUCACAAUCCAGUAAUAGCUUACAGUAGACCACUGUACUUCUGCCUAUGUUGUAGCUUGAUCCUUCUACUAGAUCAUCUUUCCAGUACGUUACCGCAUCGAAACAGAACGCUCUUUGAGCUCUACAACUUUACCUUCACUACUCUUGAGUUACUUAUAUUUGCAAGGGAUCUUUUAUUAGUGUUUAUCUUGUUCUUUCCUCUGGUCUUCCUAGUGGGUCUCCUCCCUCAGUGCAAUACGUUUGUUAUGUAUCUACUAGAAACAGCAGAUAUUCACAUAUUUGGAGGCAGUGGUACCACUGGUUUGGGAGCUGCUGCUUACUCCACCUUCCGUAGUAUAAUAGCUGUACUGGUUUUAUGCGGGUUUGCCUAUGGUGGCCUUCAGGAUGAAGAAGCUUCAUCCCAACAUGUGUUGUUCUCUGUGUUUUGUGGGUUAGCUGUAGCAGUCAGCUAUCAUCUCAGUAGAAGUGCCUCCAAUCCUGGUGUCGUAUGGUCCAUUAUCAAGGAACAUGUGAUGCCUGAGGAUCAUAGAGGGAAUACUGAAGAGACUGAAGAAGAACAGAUCAGGGAUCCUCUUCCAGACAAACUUAAGAAGUCUGUGAGUGAGCGUCUUCAGUCUGAUUUGAUAGUGUGCCUUGUGAUGUUGGCAUUUGUUACUGCCCUUCAUGUCAGUACUGUCUUCACUGAACUCAUGCCUGCAUUGAGCUAUGUUUUGUUCAUCAUCGCUGUAGUUGUAGGAUUUCUUCUCCAUUACAUCUUGCCUCAGCUUAGGAAAGAGCUUCCCUUCGCUUGCUUCUCACAACCCCUUCUCAAGAGUAGAGAAUACCAUCAGUUUGAAGUCAGAGAUGCAGCCAAGAUCAUGCUAUUUGAGAAACUAUAUGUGUGGUUAUGUUUCAUCGAGCGCCAUGUACUCUAUCCUUUGGUCUUUGUAAGUGGACUCACUACAUCGGGACCAGCCAUUGCCAAAAAAUUCACCCCAUUUGGUGGAGCCGUCUUAAUGAGUAUUUGUGGUGUGAAGCUGUUGAGGGGUGCAUACGGAGACACGGCUCGGCAGUACCCUAUCCUUGCCUUCACAGCUCUGUUCUUUAAGUACGAUUAUACGGCAGGAUCAGAGACAUACCUCACAGAUUACUUUGUCAUCCAUUACUUCAUCAUGACCAUUCUACUCACUAAGAUAUAUGAAUGGUUGCUGAAGCUCCAGUUUGUCUUCACCUACAUAGCGCCAUGGCAGAUCACAUGGGGGUCAGCAUUCCAUGCCUUCGCCCAGCCUCUUAGUGCUCCUCAUUCAGCUAUGUUGUUUGUCCAGACCACCAUCUCUGCGUUGUUCUCUACUCCUCUCAACCCUAUCCUCGGCAGUGCAAUAUUUAUCACAUCUUAUAUCAGACCAAUGAAGUUCUGGGAGAGGGAUUACAAUACCAAAAGAGUGGAUCAUUCCAACACAAAGCUCUCCACACAGCUUGAGAAAAAUCCUGGUGCCGAUGACAACAAUCUGAAUUCCAUCUUUUACGAGCACCUGACACGAUCCCUGCAGGAGAGUCUAUGUGGUGAUCUGGUGCUGGGUCGCUGGGGUAACGUGAUGGCCGGGGACUGCUUCAUCCUGGCGUCGGACUACCUCAAUGCUCUGGUACACAUCGUAGAGAUGGGAAACGGCUUCCUCACAUUCCAGCUACGUGGACUUGAAUUCAGAGGUACCUACUGUCAACAGAGGGAGGUUGAAGCUAUUACAGAAGGAGUGGAUGAAGAUGAUGGAUGUUGUUGCUGUGAGCCUGGUCAUCUCCCCAGGAUGUUAUCUGCUAAUGCUGCCUUUGGUCAGCGAUGGUUGGCGUGGCAGGUGACCGCUAGCAAGUAUGUUCUCUUGGGUUACAGCAUCUCUGAUAACUGUGCUUCGUCCAUGCUUCAAGUCUUUGAUCUCCGCAACAUCCUCAUCACUUAUUAUGUCAAGAGUAUCAUUUACUAUGUUGUCCGCUGCCCAAAGCUGAAUCAGUGGCUUGAGAGUGAAUCUCUGUCUGCUGCCCUCGAGGGCACCACAGUACCCAAGUACGUGGACUGUGACCCGACCUUCAACCCCAAGAUCGAUGACGACUAUGAUCAGGUCAAGAAGGGGGUUACACGGGAUAGUUUCUGUGACUGCUAUCUGGAGUGGAUUCAGCACUGUGCAAGCAGACGUCAAGAGCCUCUUGAGAGUGGUAAAGAUUCUCAGUUGGUCACCCUAUGCUUUGGACUAUGUGUGUUAGGACGGAGAGCUUUAGGUACAGCAUCACACCACCUCUCAACAAGUAUCCUGGAGUCUUUCCUGUAUGGUCUACACGCGUUGUUCAAGGGUGAUUUCCGUAUCACGUCUCCCAGGGAUGAAUGGGUCUUCCAAGAUGUUGAGAUGCUCAGGAGGUGUGUUGCUCCGGGUGUUAGGAUGUCUCUCAAACUUCAUCAGGAUCACUUCACAUCUCCUGAGGAGUAUGAUGAUCAUCAAGCCCUCUAUGAUGCUAUUUCAAGUCAUGAAGAGAACUUAGUGAUAGCUCAUGAAGGGGAUCCAGCAUGGAGGAAUGCAGUCUUAUCCAACACUCCUUCACUUCUAGCACUCAGGUCAGUCACAAGAGAGGUUUUUAUAUCUUAUGUAAAUUAAAUUAUUGAAUAUUUUUAUUUUAUUUCUUCUUCAUUUACGGGCUGGAUGGCCCUCUUCAGCCACAGGCUGUUCAAGGGGUCCAGUAAAUAGCAUCAUGUGACCAAACAUAUUCUUGCUAUGAUGUUGAAACAAAAUGGCCAUUGCUAUGAUGACAUCAAUGAUGGAAUGGAGCAGUAUUCCAUCAUCGAUGUCACAGAUUAUGCAAUCUUUCGGAUGCGCCAGUCAACAAGUUAUCUCCCGGGAAAGUCCCGGCUCAGACGCUAAUCAGAUUCCGCUGAGCAUGGUGGUUAAACAAAGGUAGGUCAGUCAGUGGAAUUGUUAACUCUGCAACCAGGAUCUGUAAGCGUAGUGCAUGAUCUAGGUUUUGGUCCAUCAUUAAGAAUGAUUUUGCAUCUGCAAAGUACCUUUAUCCAUUAGGGUAUUGGUAGCUUGUAGAAAGGUGAUAUGAAAAAUAACAUCAAGAGGACUUUUUUACUUGUUAUUAUUUGCAAAUCUAUUCCACUGGUAUAGAUAUUAAGAAGAUUUUACAAAUAACAGAGAAGUGAAUUUCUGUAUUUUGUACCCAAAAAAUGAAAUUCAGAGGCCCUUACAAGGAUUUUGCUCUUAGAAAAAAACACUUACCGUAAGUAACGGUGUAUUAACCGCACCCGUGUAUUAACCGCACCCCCCAUUUUCGGAUGG